UUAAAAUCGACCCUUGGUCUUUUGAGAUGCUCAAAGGGUUUACUUUAUAAAAUAAAACCUUCACUAGCAUGAUUUGAAUAUUUUUUUAAUUAAGCACAAUGUGGAAAUCUAGUGUAAACUUUCCACGAACAUUCCCCAUGGAUUUAUAUAAAUAGUGAGAAUUUGUUUGUGCACAUAUACAUAGAGGCAUUGAUUUCGCGUAAAUUCUCUCUAAUUGUUCUUAUCACCUCGGUAAAUAAUAUAUAUUCGAAAUUUUCAAGCAAAUGGGUAUCGUUGAAAACAUACGUUCUCUUAAACUUGAAGUGAAAAUCGUGGAAGCUAGAAACGUAGAGGUCAAGUCAUCACUAACCACUCUCUUCGUUAGGUUCUAUCUCCAUGCAGGAAAUAACAGUAAGAUCGAACUAAACACUGCCGAGAUCCGUUCGAGAUCAGACAAAGAGGUCGUGAUCUGGAACCAAUCAUUCGGUCUGGAGUGCCAAGGGAACGAAACGGUGGUCGAGGAAUUGAAGCAACAAAGCGUUGUUUUCGAACUACGGAGAAGAAACACGACGUCGUUUUUGAAGAAGUGGUCGAGAUCAGAGUUGGUGGGUAGAGGAAAUAUUUCUUGGAAAUCUAUGAUAGAGUCUGAUGGAAUGGAAAUAGAGAGAUUCGUAGUGAUGGAUGAGACAAAAGAUCGGGUUUUGGAAGAUUGUGAUAAGCCUCUUUUGUUGAAGAUAGCUUUAAAAGUGCAAGCUUCAAAACCGGUGAAAUCUAAGAGUGUGGAAGAUCUUUGUGAGUGUAGAGAUUGCAGGAGAUGUAAUUGCUUAGAUUAUGAAGCUUUUGUUGUAGCUUGUGCGUUAGCUGGAAUUUAGUUUGUAAGAGGAAAAUUUAAAGAAGAUAUGAUUCAAAGAAA